UAAUUUGUUUCAGUAAAUAUAACCUGUCUAGAUACUACUUAUGGACAGAAAAUAUAUCUUAGAACACAACUAUAGUGUCUCCAGGGAGCAUUAGAAUAGUUGGACAUCUUUGAUUUGACCAAAGUUAUGUCUUUAGAGGUCUUUGUAGAGGCAGGGUGGCAUGUGUCUCCAAACUCAUGACUGCUUUUAUAAAACAAAUUUUAAAAGUAAUGUAUGCAUGGAGCAUGAUGAAUUGAUGAUCAGUAUAUUACUCCUAAAUUAUACAAAACCGUUGAUCAACGAUUUGUUUUAACUUUUAACACAGAUAUACUAGGGUAUAUGCGUGAUCAGGAUAUACGAUUAAGAAGAUGUUGCCGACAAAAAAGAAAUUAAAAAGAUGUUAAAAUAUUAAUUUUUCAUAUGUAUUUUUGGGCGGUAAGCUCGUAAAUUGAAAUGCUUUAUAGACUAAAUCUUGUAAGCAUAUAUAACACAUAGUAAUACCCUUACACAACCUCAUUUUGCAAAUAAUAAUUAGGACGAUUUUAUGCAUUUACUAUGCAUUGUUAGCUGGAAGUCAAACUAUCCUGUAUAUCUUAAGCAUAUCUUAUUAUCUUAAUGAUUUGACUUACAAAUAAAACUGUAACUAUUCUAAUUAGAAAAAUCAUAUAACUUGGGUACAACCGUACAAGUUAUGAGUUAGUGCACCAGCACUGUCUAAUGCCAUUACUACAAAUACUUUCUCAUCUUCAACUCCUCUCUUCAUUCUGAGAUCUCUAUGCUUCAAUUCACAAAAGAUCAUCAUCAUCGGAAAAACACUAAAAGCCAGAAAAUGACCCUCUUUAAAAGGCCAUGCAUGUACUCAAAGGUGCACAAGGAAGAUCCAGAAGAGGUGUUGCACCAACGAGCCAAGUUCUUGAUUUACAAAACGCUUCAACAAGUGGACUUGGUUUCUCGGCGUUCUUCUCCUUCCUCGUCGUUUCUACGGAUGAAGCUUUUAAGGUUGAAGGUAGAGAUCGGAAAGAGUUUGACUAAGCUGCGACAGAGCGUAGUAUCCGCCGUAAGUUUUGGUGGAAUUCGAAAGCAUUCUCAAAGCGGCGUGAGAGCCUUGAAGAAGAUGUUCCACGGUGGUGCAACAAAAGGACUACCUAGGCCUAUUUUCAGUCUUGAAGUUUGAUAUUUCUUUUACAUUCUUGUCUUGUGUAUUUAUCUUUUUCUUUUCUUGAAUUGUAUGUUGAUCUCUAUUACGUACAUAAGAUCAACAAUAUAAAAAAAAAGAAGCUUGAGUUCAUUUUCUUUCAUAAAAAGAGGAACGAAAUCUUGAAUUUGAAAUAAUAAUAACCAUUAUUUAUAUGGAACUUGAACUGGGCUUGUUUUAUACAAUUCAAACGAAGAAAUUUCAGUGAAUGUAAUAUAGCCGAGAGGUGGCUCCACGAGAAAGCCACGGAACAAGAAUCACAUAGACAUUCAAGAAUCAGGUGCUGGGUGAAUGAUACCCUUUAAACUUUGGUCAUAUAAACGAUGUAACCAAGUAGGGUGAUGUUUUGUUAAGUGAUGGAAAGGAUCUUGAAUGUGUUGCAGGACGUGCAAGUACAUUGGGAAAUCAAACUCUCCUCCCACAAAAUCGGAGCAUAAUGUAUCAAGUUGAAAUUCGGAUGAUAAGGAGC